UGCAACUGUUUCUUGCAACCGUUAAUCAUCACUAAUUCCACUUUUUGACAUUAUCCUGCCACUUCUGCUUUGUCAUGCAACAGAUGGAUUUCUGGAUGUAACAAUCUCGCUGCAUCUCUCUCUCUAUUCUGGUACACGGUGCUGUUCUGAUGUGAAAACCCAGCAGCAAUUCAUAUUCCAGUCAGUCAAUUAAUGAUUGUUUGGGAUACACACUACUUUCUCGCUCAACUAGUGUCAGCUUUUGAGUUUGGCGCCUGCUUGAGAGAGGAGGAAAAGCUCUCUGCUGCAGCCUCCUCUGCUGCUGGCCUCGAAAACCACUGGUUUUCCUCUUCAUUCCAUGUUUCCUAACUUGGACAGUCCUGUACAGACCCAGAUGGCUGUUGCAGUCUUCAAUGGCCCCAUUAAGGGGGAGUACCACGGGACCAAGAGAUUGGAGGGAAAAUCUUCUGUUAGGAGGCGUGUCUUUGUGCAAACUGAAAGUGGAUGUGUUCUUGGGAUAGAGUUGGAUAGGAGUGACAAUGUGCAUACGGUGAAGAGGAGGUUGCAAGUUGCACUCAAUGUUCCAACGGAGGAGAGCUCACUGACUUUUGGGGAUAUGGUUUUUAAGAAUGAUCUUAGUGCUGUACGAAAUGAUAGCCCUCUUUUACUUACUAGGAAUUUCAUGCACAGAAGCUCAUCCACUCCGUGUCUGUCGCCUACUGGUCGUGAUCUCCAACAGAGAGACAAGAGUGGCCUGAUUGAAAUAUUGGGCCGCUCAAGUCGUUUUGCUAAAACAAAGUUACUGGUGGAGGACAUUGUGAAGGCAAUUAAGAAUGGCGUUGAACCUAUCCGUGUUCACGGUGGCCUUGGAGGUGCUUACUAUUUCAGGAAUAGCCGAGGAGAGAAUGUUGCAAUUGUGAAGCCAACAGAUGAAGAACCAUUUGCGCCAAAUAACCCAAAGGGCUUUGUUGGUAAAGCGCUUGGUCAGCCAGGACUGAAGCGCUCAGUGCGAGUUGGAGAGACAGCGAUCAGGGAAGUUGCAGCAUAUCUUCUUGACUCUGAUCACUUUGCCAGUGUGCCUGCUACUGCCCUUGUGAAGAUUACUCAUUCAAUUUUCCAUGUCAAUGAAGGGGUGAAUGGAACGAAGUCUGAUGGCAAGAAGCAGGUGAGCAAAAUUGCCUCUUUCCAGCAGUUUAUCCCUCAUGACUUUGAUGCCAGUGAUCAUGGGACUUCGAGUUUUCCUGUUGCUGCGGUGCAUAGGAUAGGGAUAUUGGAUGUUAGGAUCUUUAACACGGACAGGCAUGGUGGAAACCUUCUGGUUAGGAAGCUUGAUGGUGUUGGGAGGUUUGGUCAAGUGGAGCUCAUUCCGAUUGAUCAUGGCCUUUGCUUGCCAGAGAGCCUUGAGGACCCGUACUUCGAAUGGAUACAUUGGCCUCAGGCAUCAAUUCCAUUUUCAGAGGACGAGCUCGAGUACAUAGCGAAUCUUGAUCCAGUGAAGGAUUCUGAGAUGCUUCGUAUUGAGCUGCCCAUGAUACGGGAGGCAUGCCUUCGGACCUUGGUUCUCUGCACAAUUUUCCUCAAGGAAGCAGCAGCCUCUGGUCUCUGCCUAGCUGAGAUUGGCGAGAUGAUGACUAGGGAGUUUCGUGGCCGUGAAGAGGAGCCAAGUGAGCUGGAGGUUAUAUGCAUCGAGGCAAGGAGGCUGAUAGCUGAGGAGAAGGUGUCAUCUCCAGAGGUCGAAGCAGGGGAUGAACAGGAGUUUUUGUUUGAUAUAGAUUGUGAGGAGUCAGAAGCUGACUUCACAUCUAAGAUGGCAGAUGAUUUUCCGACUAGAGGGCCAUUUCAUAUUGGGUUUAAGGGUGGGAAUGGUCGAAACCCACUGUCUAAACUGGAGGAGAGCAUUAAAGAGGAUGAAAGUGAGGGGGAAGAAGAGCCAACAAGGGUGGAGGAAUUUGCAGUCCCGGUGGCUCAGACCCAGGUUCCCACUGCAUUGAAGCUCUCCAUGUCCCUGAAAGACAUGAGUCUGGGUGAGAAGAACCAGCGUUACCAGAUGGCAAAACCUGAGUGCACGGCAUAUGGGAACUGGAGGAGUGCAAAUGAGCAGUUGCCUGUGAGUGCCAGCUUUGUGAAGCUGGCGGACAUGAACGAGGAAGAGUGGACAUUGUUCCUUGAGAAGUUGCUGGAGCUGUUGUAUCCAGCAUUUGCCAACCGGAAAGCUGUCACCCUUGGACAGAGGCAGAGGCAAAGGCAGAGGCUCGGGACUUCUUGCCAGUUUUGAGACUGUUUUAACGCUCUGCCGUUGUAAAAAAACAGCAACAACAACAAAAAAAAAAAUGAAGAAUAAAACUUGUAGUUUGUGGGGAUGAAGAUUUGUAGGUAGGUUUGUCUUUCUGCUUUUCCUUUUUUGUUUUGGCCCCCCCCCCCUCUUUCCCCCUCACGGAUGAAGGUAUUUGUAGUUGGGAGUAGUAGGUGGAAUGUUGUAAAUAUUUGUUAGAAUGCGGAUGAGAGUACCACCGACAUCAGCUUCAGUCGAGACUCGGGAGGUGUUAUGAAUAUGAAUUCCCUGUUUUUUUUAACCCUUUUUGACUCAUACAUACCCACUGUUAGAGAAAUAAUCAGUAGAAUAAAAUUCUGGGAGGAGGAAACCAG